AUGCCCAGUGCCACCGGCCAGAACUGGGAGAAGUACCAGAGGAACUACGCCGACGAUGAAAUAGAAGAGAAGAAGAUCACGCCUCUCUCCGAUGAGGACAUCCAAGUGCUCAAGACCUAUGGCGCUGCGCCUUACGCUGCGGAGCUGAAGAAGCUCGAGAAGGAGAUCAAGGACAAACAGCAGAGUGUGAACGAGAAGAUCGGUGUGAAGGAAUCUGACACCGGUCUCGCGCCGCCGCACCUCUGGGACAUCGCCGCCGACAGACAACGUAUGCAAGAGGAGCAGCCGCUGCAGGUUGCAAGAUGUACGAAGAUCAUUCAGGACGAGAAGGAUUCGGAGAAGAGCAAAUACGUGAUCAACGUCAAGCAGAUUGCCAAGUUUGUCGUCAACUUGGGCGAGCGCGUCAGUCCUACUGAUAUCGAGGAAGGCAUGCGCGUUGGUGUCGACCGGAACAAGUACCAGAUCCUCCUCCCGCUGCCUCCCAAGAUCGACCCCUCUGUCACCAUGAUGACUGUCGAGGACAAGCCCGACGUGACGUACGGCGAUGUCGGUGGCUGCAAGGAACAGAUUGAGAAGCUGCGCGAAGUCGUCGAGAUGCCGCUCUUGUCACCUGAGCGUUUCGUCAACCUUGGCAUUGAUCCGCCGAAGGGUGCCCUGCUCUAUGGCCCCCCUGGCACCGGAAAGACGCUCUGCGCUCGUGCGGUUGCCAAUAGGACAGACGCCACCUUCAUCCGUGUCAUUGGUUCCGAGUUAGUGCAGAAGUACGUUGGUGAGGGUGCUCGUAUGGUGCGCGAGCUGUUCGAGAUGGCGCGGACGAAGAAGGCUUGCAUUAUCUUCUUCGACGAAGUUGAUGCCAUCGGAGGAGCACGUUUCGAUGACGGUGCGGGUGGCGACAAUGAAGUGCAGCGUACCAUGUUGGAGCUGAUCACCCAGCUGGACGGUUUCGAUUCGCGUGGUAACAUCAAGGUCAUGUUCGCUACCAACAGACCGUCGACGCUCGACCCUGCCCUCAUGCGUCCUGGCCGUAUCGACCGUAAGAUUGAGUUCUCGCUUCCGGACAUGGAGGGCCGUGCCAACAUUCUCCGCAUUCACGCCAAGAGCAUGUCGGUUGAACGGGAUAUCAGAUGGGAGCUCAUCUCGCGUCUGUGCCCCAACUCUACCGGUGCCGAGUUGCGCAGCGUUGCUACGGAAGCUGGCAUGUUUGCCAUUCGCGCCAGGAGAAAGGUUGCCACUGAGAAGGAUUUCCUGGCCGCUGUCGACAAGGUCAUCAAGGGCAACCUCAAGUUCAACUCGACGGCUACCUACAUGCAGUACAACUAA